CCCUCCAGCCAAUGAGAGUUCCCCACUGGCAGUGGUAAACUGGGUGCUGGGUUGCCAGGACGACCAUUGCAAAGACGCUGCCGAGUGAAGCUGGAUACUUCCUGUCCUCAUCCGGACCCCGAUAUCUGAGCCAUGGGCAGCAAGAAGAAGGAAAUUGCCCUACAGGUCAACAUCAACACCCAGGAGCUUUGGGAGGAAAUGCUCAGCUCCAAAGGACUGACUGUUGUGGACGUCUACCAGGGCUGGUGUGGCCCCUGCAAACCUGUGGUUAGUCUCUUCCAGAAGAUGAGGAUCGAGGCUGGUUUGGACCUUCUCCAUUUUGCUCUGGCAGAGGCAGACUGUCUUGAUGUUCUGGAAAAAUACCGAGGGAAGUGUGAGCCAACCUUUCUGUUCUAUGCAGGAGGAGAGCUGGUGGCUGUGGUGAAGGGAGCCAAUGCUCCCCUGCUUCGCAAGACCAUCUUACACCAGCUGGAGGCGGAGAAGAAGGUUCUGGCUGAAGGCAGGGAACGGAAUGUGGUUACUGAUGAGGCUCUUUCUGGGGCAGCCAAGCGUCCAUCCCGAGAAAAGGAUGGCGGUGACGAUGGUGACACAGUGCCGUCAGAGAAGAAGGCCUGUACAUUAGGCAUCAUUAAGCCCGACGCAGUGGCCCAUGGGAAGGCUGAUGAGAUCAUCAUGAAGAUCCAGGAAGCAGGAUUUGACAUCCUAUCAAAUGAAGAGAGAACCCUGAGAGAGGCAGAAAUGCAAGUGUUCUAUCAACAUAGAGCUGGGGAGGAGGCAUUUGAGAAGCUAGUCCAUCACAUGUGCAGUGGACCCAGCCACCUCCUGAUCCUCACCAAGACCGAGGGCACCGAGGAUGUAGUCACUGCUUGGCGAGACUUCCUGGGGCCUUGUGACCCCAAUGUGGCCAGGAGGGAACACCCUGAAAGUCUCCGGGCUCAGUAUGGCACAGAAAUGCCCUUUAACGCUGUGCAUGGAAGCCGGGACAGAGAAGAUGCCAACAGAGAGCUGGCCCUGCUCUUCCCCAGCUUCAAGUUUUUAGAUAAAGACACGGACGCCCCGCAGGGUGCUGAGGCUCAGAGCAGCGAGUCCAUUGGAGGCCCUUUGCAUCUCUGAACUGGGACUCUACUGCCUGCUGCCAGGGUCAAGGUCACAAGGCCACAUGAGGAGCCCUUGGAAUGUUCAUGUCUGCACAGGACCUUCAGAGGAAGAUUUCAGAGCACCAAUGUUCUUGGUCAGUCCUAUUUUAUAGACAACAAGAAUAACUGUAUAC